UCGCACUGACCCCACAUGUGCCUUUACGAGUUUUUUGUUUCAUUUGUAGUUUCGGGAAUUGACGGUCUGACGGGACAACCUCCCGCUUCCCCGCUGUCUGACCGUGACAUUUGUCAUCAGCUAAGACCGCGAGAGGCUAGCUAUGGAGCUUACCCCAUCUGUAAGGGCUGCUCGGUGUGCUCCAGGGAUAACGGCUGCGUGAACUGCCAGCCCAAACUCUUCCUGUUCUUGCGAAGGGAGAGGAUGAGGCAGUACGGCGAGUGUCUUCACGACUGUCCAGCCGGAUACUACGGCAUGCGCAGCCCUGAAAUCAACAUGUGCUCCAGGUGCAGGAUAGACAACUGCGAGUCCUGCUUCAGCAAAGACUUCUGCACCAAGUGCAAAUCUGGUUUUUACCUGCACAAAGGGCGCUGCUUUGAUAAGUGCCCCGAGGGCUUUGCCCCGCUGGAAGACACAAUGGAGUGUGGAGAGGGCUGCGAGGUGGGCCAGUGGAGCGAGUGGGGAGCCUGCACCAGGAGAAACAAAACCUGUGGCUAUAAGUGGGGUCUGGAGACCCGGACGCGGCACAUUGUUAAGAAACCCCCCAAGGACACAAUACCGUGUCCCACCAUUGCCGAGUCCAGGAUGUGCAAAAUGGCCAUGAGACACUGCAGGAGAGGUAAUUCAGGGAAGCACCGAUCCAAAGAGCCAAAGAAGAAGAACAAGCAGAGGCUGCGGUUUCGGGCCCAGAACCAGCACAGCGACCACUUGGCCUCUGCGCGCUCCAGCCAGUAAGGACUGAAACCUCCCAGUGAACACAGAAACCAACGCAAAGCUGCUAGCCGUCGCUGCACCAUUACUCUGACUGACAACUUUCACCCACCACAGCCCCUCCCGCUGCCUUCCUCCCCACUCGCCUCCCAUUCCUCCUUCUCUCCGCCCACCAGGACGCAAACAUCACACCUACCCCACCGACGACCCCACACCCCAAGAAACCCGUGCCGUACAAAGCGAGAUAUCAGUACCUGUACACGCUCUGCCUCCCACUGCUUCCCCCCACCCCGACGCCCCUCCCGUGAUGCUGCGAUGCUAAGGUGACUCUACUUUUCUCCCAGCGCCAUUCCCCCCCUUUUUUUUUUUUUCGCCUUGUGGACCUUCACAGUUGACAGAACUGAACUUAAUUCCCGUCAUUAACGAACAACGCAGACCGUACGGGGGGAUGCGAUGGAAGACGGAGGAGAACUCUUGGAGGGCGGGAGAGCCAGAGGGGCGGCAGGUAAAGAGGAGGAAGGAGUCAGGGGAGUUGGCGAGCUGAACUGCACCAGAGGGAACGGAUGUGACAAAAAUCCAUCCAGGACGAAGAAGCAGAGAAGGUUCGAUUGAAGCAAAUGAUGCUAAUGGACUGAAGAAGAAGAAGAAGAAAAAGAAAAAAUGGCAUCUUGAAACAAGAGAGACUGGUUGUUUUUUUUGUUUGUUUUUUUGUUCAUAUAUUUAUGUCAAAGCUACCCCUCUCCUUCCUUCCCUCUAAAUGGAAACAGAGUUUUCCCAUGUGUGGCCUUUUAUGUUAUGUAUAUUUUCCAGAGUAAUAUUAAGAAGAAGAAGAAAAAAAUCCCAUGCAUAGUUGCGAAAUAUUUUAUUCUCAGCACAAACUGUUUACGUUCAGACCGCUUAAUGCUGUAUCUGUAUAGUGUCAGUUAAUUAAAGAAAAGAAGAAAAUUUAGUUGUUCAACUAGCAUGGCAACAGACUUGUACAUAGUUGAUCUAAUUAUAAAAGCCUAUUACUGUAUUUUCAGUAUUGAGUCAGUCACCAUUCUAAAUGUUUUAGAAAUAAUAAUAAUAAAAAAAUGGUUGUAAUACAAGCUACAGAUUAAAAUAAUGAAAAACAUAAUAAACUUAGCCACCUCAUAGCAAUUUCAUUCAUAUGGUAUAUAUUUGAUUUAUUUAUUAAUUCAGUUUUGUACUUUUUUUUUCUAAUUUUUUUUGUUCAGUGAGAAAUUUGGCCUCACGCUGUCGGUGUUUUUCUGAGAUAUCCUCUCCUUAUAUCAGUGCAUAUCUCUGUCAUGCAAAGUGUUGUAGGCUGUUCGUUUGACCUCAUCUACUGAUUUUGAUGCUUUAUAAAAGGAGAAAAAAAUGAAACUAUGCUUUGAUGUAUUCUAGGUUUAAUAAUUAGGCUCCAGCUAAUGUAUGGUCAUAGGACUGCAUAUGUGUACAUUGUGUUUUAUUAAAACUGCAUUUCAUGUGA